GUGGCAUGGGUGGGAUAUAAUCCAUCUCACAUCAUGCAUCUCUUUCCAUCUAUCUCUUCAUAUAUUCUUCCUUCAAUUCACUAAUCCGGGUGUCAUCUAGUCAAACCAUCUCGAUACAAAAUGCUACCUCGACUGUUCACUUCGAUGUUGGCCGUGUUGUCGUUGUCGCUCCCUUUGGUCAAUGCGACAGCAGCUGGACAGUAUCAUCUCAACGUGAACAGUGAUGUUUCUUCAUGUUUCUGGAAUUGUCAUGUACAAACGACUAGGUCAAUCCCUCUGCCUAGUGGACAAUCCAAUUCUUUCGAAUUCGUUUCGUUAAAUUGCGAAUAUCCUCUCUGGUCGGAAUACAUAAGUCAAUGUAUAGCCCUUCAAUGCGCUUCACCCGCCGACGUAGCCUACGCAAUGGAAUACGGUGUCAACUUUUGUCGUCGGGGUGGUGUCACGGUCAAUUUCACUUUACCUGAGAUGUAUCUCGAUUCAGUCAAUGGGACUUAUUUCCAAUCCGAUGCGUACCUCAACUCAGCGACGAGGUCCGGGACAAAUUUAGGAAUCGGUUUAAUUAUCGCCGGUGUUGCUGCCGCUAUGAUGAUAUGAAUUUUUCCCCUUUCGAUCAACCUACUUCCUUCAUGAAAUUCCAGAUGUCUAAAGAGGAUCAAUCACGUCAGACAUCGGGGUUUGUAAGGCCGUGAUUUGUACAGUACUCAAUGAAUGAUAAGACUACUGAGAACGCUUGGCGGGAAGGGCAGUGAGGAGAAUGGUCACUUUUGGGUUUAAUAUAUGACGUCUGAUAUAUUUGUACACGAUGCAUCUUGCUUUAUCUAC